GCAUAUUCUUGCUUAUAAUUGUUGUGUGUAGCUCCGAAACCGACUUUCAUCCAGACUCAACUUAAGUUUUCAAACAUGUCCAGUGGUCUAGUCCCCGCAAUUCCUCCUCCAGGAUUCUCCUUUGAUCUCUGCCAAAGGAAUGAAUCCUUAGCUAAGAAGGGACACUUAGCUCCAAUUGCCCAGAAGACAGGUACCACGAUUGCUGGAAUUAUCAUCAAAGAUGGAGUUAUUCUUGGUGCAGACACCAGAGCUACAACUGGGAAUAUCGUUGCUGAUAAAAACAGUCAGAAAAUUCAUUUCAUCGCUCCAAACAUUUUCUGUUGUGGUGCUGGAACAGCAGCAGAUACUUCGAAGACGACAGACAUGAUCGCUAGUCAGCUGGAGCUUCACCGUUUGAACACUGGACGUGUUGUUCGUGUUGCCAGUGCUGAUAAACUCUUGAAACAGCAUUUGUUCCGUCAUCAGGGACACAUUGGAGCUGCUCUGGUGCUGGGGGGUGUUGAUGUCACUGGACCACAUCUCUAUUCACUUUUUCCUCAUGGAUCCAGUGAGUCCUAUAUGUUCACUACUAUGGGGUCUGGCUCUCUCGCUGCUAUGGCUGUUUUUGAGAGCAGGUGGAAGCCAAACAUGAGUGAAGAAGAGGGUAAAGCUCUAGUAGCUGAUGCAAUUCGUGCAGGUGUUUUUAAUGAUUUGGGCUCCGGUAAUUCUGUUGACAUCUGUGUCAUUCGCAAUACAGAUAUUCGUGGGGCCAAUUUUGAUCCUCGUGCUGUGGACUACAUGCGUCCUUAUGAAAUCGCUAAUAUCAAGGGCCAGCGAUCCGGUAAUUACCGUUACAAACGUGGUACUACAGCUAUUCUGGAUAAAAGUGUUCGUCCAAUCAUUAUCGAGAGUGAAUCUGUUCGACGAAUUGAGCCGGAAUCCAUGGACACUUCUUCGUAAAAAAUUCCAACAGCUUUCAUAAUGUGUUUUUGCACUACUAUUAUACUAUAUAAUUUUUGUGGAUUCUUUACGUAAUAAAACAAUUCAACAUUCAUUGAA